AUGCGUCUAUAUAAUCGUGUUGUAUUAAUGCAUCGUAAACAAAUUUGGCAACCAUGGGUUGCACAAGGCCGGUCAUCUCUUAAUUAUGCAAUGGAACAUAUUCCACAUGUCGUUUUGGGUAUUCCGUUUGCAGCUUUUUUCAUCGUCGUUAUUGCAAGUAAAGAACUUUAUAAAGCAAAUGCUUAUCAAUUUAAUGUCUACAAACGGCGUCUUAUGGUUCGACGACCAGAAGAAAUACCUAUCGAAUAUCGUCCAUUCUUGUGCAUAAUUGAUGAAAUAGAAGUAAAUACCAAACGUGAACGUCGUUCGGCAAAUAAUAAAAAUCAGAACAAUAAUCAUAUAUCUAAGCAACCAUCACAAACACAAUCAUUUGUUACACUCGGUGCUUUAGUAACUGGUCUUACAAGUACUACACCAGCAAAUAUGUCUGAUGAAAUAAAUCAUGCUGAUACAUUAGUUAUACAACAACAACCACCUAUUGACAUAAACAAUCAACCAAAUGGUAAUCAUUCACCAUCAAAAACUUUUCAAGUUAAAAAUGGACAUGAUGAAUCAACACCAUUUCAUCUUGAUCAUGGUGGUGUUGACAGUGGUGUAUCAUCAGAAAUAACACAAACAGAAACAGAAAAACCUCAUGUUAGUGGUGGUGAUGAUGAAUUAAGUUCAACAAGUGGUACAUCAUCAGCAGUUAUGCAAACAGAUAAUUCUCAACAUCAACGUGAUUUAAGUCCAACAAGUGGUGUUAUUGUACCAGAAGAAAAACGUGUUACUGAUCGUGUUAAAGUUUUUGAAGCUGUAGCAAAAAAUGGAAAUAAAAAGAAAUCGAAUACAAUAUCAUCAAGUUUUUCAAUGGGUGAUCAUAAACAAAUAUCUCCAACAUCUGUUGAAAAUUUUGAUAGUCAAUCAAUCAAUGAAACGAAAUCAUCGAAAAAUAAAUCAAAAAAAACUUCAUUAAAAAAACAAAUACAAAAUUUACUUAAAAUUGAUAAACCAACAUCAAUACCAGAUGAUUUUAUGAAUAUCGAUGAACAACAAUUAAAUGGAAAAAAGAAUAAAAAAGAUAAUGUUACAACAUUUAAACCACUUGAAAUACAAAUUCCAAAUAAUACUGAAGAAAAUAAUACUUCAUCAACUGUAUCAAAAUUAAUAGAUACAUUUCAAGCGAAUGAUAUUGAACAACCAAUCGUUGUACCACAGUUAAAUACUCCUCCUCCUCCUCCGCCGCCACAGCCGCCUACUUCUACUACGACUACUUCUCACCAACCUCCUAUUCAAUCGGAAAAUUCAACAUCAGCAUCAACGGAAGUACCUCAAUCGGAUACACCAGCUGAUAUUGUACCAACAGAGAGUCCUAAAAAAAGUGUUUCAUCUGCCAAAAUACAUAGUCCAAUGUCGUCCGGUGUUGGUGAAUCGGUGAAAACAUCGACACAUUCUGUAACAAUUGAGAAAGGUACUCGAAAUCGUUCACCUAUGCAACGACAUGCUCAAAAUGAAACAAGCAAUACUAAUUUAUCCUAUUCAUUAUUAAAUCAAUCAACAAAUAUUCAAGUUACUGAUAAUUUACGUGAACAACAUCAACGUGAAAAACAAGAAUUAUCGGAAUUAAAUGAUCGAUUUCGUGGUUAUCUUGAUCGUGUUAAAAUACUUGAAAGUAAAAAUUCAAAAUUAACAAAUCAACUUGAAGAUAUAGCUAAAACAUGGGGUUCAGCAUCACAAGCAAUAGUUUCACAAUAUUCUGGUUCACUUGAUCGUCUUCGUCAAGAAGUUAAUGAAAGUAUGCUUACUGAAGCUGAUAUUCAAACACGUUUACGUCGUUCACAUUAUGAUAUUGAUAAUUAUCGUUCAUUAAUACAUGAUGAAACAUUAUGGAAUAAUCGACAAGAAGAAAAACGUGAACAAUUAAAAUUAGAAUAUGAACAUUCAUGUAUAGAAUUAACUGCUUUACAACGAUCAUAUAAACAAGUUGAUGAUCAAUUAAAAAUUUUACUUAAACAACGUGAAGAAUAUCUUGAAGAAAUUAAUCAACUUAAUGAACAAUCUUAUAAAGCAACACUUGAUAGAAUUAAAUUAGAUCUAGAAGUUCAAACACUUCGAGAAGAAAUCCCGUUUCUUAAUGAUGUGCAUGCACAUUUAAUUAGUGAAUUUGAACAAUUGAAACCAACAAAUGGUAUUGAUACCCAAUUAUUUUAUCGUCAAGAAUUAGAAAAAGCUAUACGUGAUAUUCGUCGUGAUUUUGAUACAUUACAUUCAGCACAACGUAAAGAAAUGGAAGAUUAUUAUACAGUUAAAAUUGAAGAAAUACAAAAUAAUGCAAGAAAACUUGUACCAUUACAAUCACGACAAGAUGAUUUAAUGAAAAUGUCUGAACAAAUCAAAUCAACGAAAUUUGAAUUAAGUGAUACACAAAAAUUAUUAAUUCAUGAAAAAGAUAAUUAUAAAGAAUUACAAGAACGUUUAGCUAAAUUAGAGGAGGAGUAUAAUUAUUUACGUCAUCAACGUGAAGAUGCUAAUGAUAAUAUAAAUAAAGAAUUAUCAUCUUCACAUGAUCGUAUACAACACUUAUCGGGAGAAAUUGAUACUAUUUUACAAAGGUAAAAAA